AUGACAACAGGUUUCUCUAGUAGCGCUGAUGGUGGUUCGGUGUCUUUUUCGUCUAUCACAGUUGAUAAUCCGGAGACACUGAACAAUUGCGAUACCACCACAUCCAACCCGGAGGACAAGAGCCAAACGCUUCGUGGCAAUGAUCGCGACGAUGCACAACCUGAAUUGGAAACAUCUAGCGAUGCCGCUGACACGAAUCCAGCCAUGGACCAAAAUUCCACGCCGUUCGUCCCGGACCACCACCACCGCGCAGCUCGCAAGAUCCAAGCUCAGUAUCGAUGCUUUGUUCGACGUCGGAUCAUUCUCGACCAACUGCGCUUCAUCGUGGCGAAGCAGCGGCGUGAGGUGCGAAGGAAGUCACGGAUAAAGACGAAAAAGGCCAAGGAGGUCGUUGUGGACACAACUGCAUCGGUGCCAAUUAGCGAGCAUGAGAACGAGGCGGGGGCUGCACCGGAUGUGGACCGUGUUGCCGAUGCACCAGCGGUGAUACCGGUAGACACCGAGAUUUCUUCAGCAGCGCCAUCGAACGAGGUGGUUGAAACUUUGCAAGCGAAGAUAAAGCUUGCUGCUCGAAACGACUCGACCGAGUUCGUGUUUGACAUUUUCGAUGGUUCAAACCAAGCGAAUGGAGAAGGGGUGCAAGAAGAAGUUGCUGGAAACGUGGCUGAGACCUCGGACAAGGUGUCCGUGAUGCAGCCGUCCAAUGUUAUCGAUGAGACUGCGACUAGCUCGGAAAAUCUAGUCGACCAGCAGAGACUCAAUGUUCAAUCUGAAAAGGAUGUGGACGAGGUAAACAUUGCCAACACUGCUAUCAGCUGCGAGCCCCUUCAACGUGAGGAAUGGGGCUCUGAUACUCAGCAGCUGGCUGGCGUUGGUCCGAUGCCUGCUAUGUUGCUCGCGGAACUUGCAUUCUCGGACGAUGUCGAACUCAAGGAGCAACCGAAUUGGGAGCGCUAUGUGGACAGUGCGUCCAACAAGUCCUUCUACUACAACCCCGCCACGAACGAGACGCAGUGGACCAACCCUGCGGUAAACUCGAUUGGUACCCCCACAACGUCACACGCGACUGAUGUCAAGGUUAUCACAGAGUCCAAGACUGCAUCGGACUCGGGCUUGUGGCAGGAGUUUUUGGACGAGACCACCGACCAGCUGUACUACUACAACACCCAGACCGGCGAGUGUUCGUGGGAGGCGCCCGCCGCCGGCAGUGAUGCUGCGGAAGUCGUGGUGUCGCCCCAAUCCGGUGCAACAGCUGAGACGGCAGCACUUGGCGCCAGUCCUUGGAUCAUGUACAUUGACCCGGCGAGCCAAGCGCCGUACUACGUGAACGUGGAGACUCUGGCCACGACGUGGGAGAAGCCCGAGGACUUUGUCGUGCCGGCACCCGGCUCCACAGUAGUGACCGCCGACGCUGCUUCAAGCGUCGCUGAAGAUGUGUACGUCAUUGCAGUGGACGACUAG